UUCGGCUCUGUGAUGCUAGGGGUGGAUUAAAAUAGCCUGCUGGCCCACAAAUAAGCAGCAGUCAGAACUCCCCUGCGCAGGCUGUGCUCUGGGCUGGCCGUGACAUCACCAUUGCUGCAGGAGUGGAUGCAGUUGCUCACUGCAGAGCCCCCCCCCCCCCCCCAUCAGCACAGCCUGGAAUAGUAUCCACAGACAGAGUGCGUGCAGUCGCCGUGACAAUGGGGGACGUGAUGGAGCCCAGCUUUGUGCAGACGCUCGCUGCCAGCGUGACUCGGACCGCCAAGUAUCUGUCCCUCUCUCCCUCCUUCCAGCGGUGUGCCUUCAUGGCUUGGAUCAAGGAGAACAUCCGGAAGAAGGAGUGCGCCUACUACACGGAGGACGGCAGGGAGGGGGUCUGUAAGUGUGGCUACCCAAAGACUCACCAUGUUGAUGAGGCCAUCAAACCGGAGGAGUUCCUGGGAGAAUCAUGGGACAAAUACAGACACAUUCGGGAGGCCCCCACUGACGCGUUCGGAGAUAUCAGCUUGGGCGGCCACAAAGCGGGAAAGUACAUCCGCGUCUCCACAGACACCUCCUCUGAGACCCUCUAUGAGCUUUUGACAGAACACUGGAGACUCCGCCCACCUAACCUCCUCAUCUCAGUCACGGGGGGAGCCAAGAACUUUUACAUGAAGACCCGCCUGAAGGAGAUGUUCCGCAGAGGGCUGAUUAAGGUGGCCCAAACCACAGGGGCAUGGAUUGUGACGGGUGGGACCCACACAGGUGUGAUGAAGCACGUGGGCAUGGCCAUGCGGGACUACACUUUGAGUAGCAGUGCUUUCGAUGCCCAGGUUGUGGCCAUCGGCGUGGUCACCUGGGGAGUCCUGCACAACCGGGAACCCCUGGUCCACCCUGAGGGGUGCUUUCCUGCACACUACUCCCUGGACGAGCAGGGACAGGGCCGGCUCUCAUGUCUAGAUGUCAACCACUCACACUUCCUGUUGGUGGACGACGGCACACACGGCCAGUAUGGGGCGGAGAUCGCGCUUCGCAGCCGUCUGGAAAAGCUGAUCUCCCAGCAGCCCCUUGGACAGAGAGCCGAUGGCGGGGUUAAGAUCCCGGUUGUCUGUGUGGUGUUGGAGGGGGGGCCAGGCACACUCAACACUAUCUACAACGCCAUGCUCAAUGGCACCCCCUCUGUGAUCCUGGAAGGCUCCGGACGGGUGGCUGAUGUCAUCGCCCAUGCGGCCAGACUACCCCUGUCUCAGGUCAACAUCGCCCUCAUCCGCAAGCUGAUGAAAAGGUUUUUCAGUAAAGAGUAUGAGAGCUUCUCUAGCCUCAUGAUCAUCGAGUGGACCAAAAAGAUUCAGGAUAUCAUCAGGAUGCCCCACUUGCUGACGGUUUUCCGACUUGACGAGGAGAAGCACAUUGAUUUGGACGUGGCAAUCCUGCAGGCCCUCUUGAAAGCCUCCAGGAACUGCGACACCCCAGGGCAUGAGAGCUGGGAGCAGCAGCUGGAGCUGGCGGUGGCGUGGAACCGUGUAGACAUUGCCAAGAGUGAGAUCUUCACUGAGGAAAGCCAGUGGAAGAGCGUAGAGAAGAUACAGGUGCCAUCCACACAUGCCAGGGAGGAGCAAGCAAUCUCUGAAACAUCCACUGACCUUCAUCGGGCCAUGCUUUCGGCACUGGUGGGCCACAAACCGGACUUCGUGAAGCUGUUUCUGGCGAAUAACGUCAGCCUGAGAGAGUUCCUGCAUGAAGACACCCUGUGCGAGCUCUACGCCCACCUGGAGCCCGGCUGCCUGUUCCUGCAGAGGCUCAGAAGGCGCAUGAAGGCUGAGAAGGGAAACAGGAGUCAGCUGGACCGUCUGGGCCGGAGCCAGGUGUCCCUCCGGCAUGUUUCCGAGGAGGUGCACCACUUCUUGGGAAGUUUCACCCAGCCACUCUAUUCCCUAAAGAACCCCUGCGCUGAAACUCCCGAGGAGGACGUCUGUGUGACACUUCAGACCAAAGUGUCUGCAGACCUCCAGAGUUCAUCCACCGCUGAUGAAGAGAGGGAAGCAGAGGCACUCAGGGACCCCGGAAGAGACUUGUUCCUCUGGGCAAUACUGCAGAACGACAAGGAGCUGGCUGAGAUAGCGUGGGAGCAGUGCAGGGACAGCCUGACGGCGGCGCUAGCAGCUAGCCGGAUCCUGAAGAGGAUGGCCCUGGAGGAGGAUCAAGUGGGUGACGAGGCGGAGGAGAUGAGGAAGCUGGCCAAUCAUUACGAGAGGCAGGCCAUUGGAGUGUUCAGCGAGUGCUACAGCUGGGACGAACAGCGGGCCCAGAAGCUUCUAAUCCGCAUCUCCCCUUCUUGGGGCAGGGCCACUUGUCUGCGUUUGGCUUUGGAAGCUGAUGACAAGAGCUUUGUGGCCCAUGUAGGGGUGCAGGCAUUUCUGACCCAGACUUGGUGUGGAGAGCUAGCGAUGAGCAAUCCACUGUGGAAGGUGCUCUUGUGCAUGGCCUUCCCUCUGCUUAUCUACACUGGCUUCAUCAGCUUUAGGCGUGACGAAGAAAUCCUCAAGGCGUCUGAGCGGAAAAACAAGCUUAAAGACGCCGUAGCGGGCGCUCCGUCAGAUACGGGGUGGAAAGCUCAGCUCCGACACGGGCAGGUCCACAUGAACCUCAAGCCUCUGGACUGCAUCUCCCGCCUGGCUGGCUUCGUUAUGGCCCCCAUGGUCAAGUUCUACUGGGGCAUCGUGUCCUACUUCAGCUUCCUGGUGCUCUUUGGUUUUGUGCUGGUGGUUGACUUCCAGCUGACGCCCUCCUGGACGGAGCUGCUGCUGUACUUGUGGCUGAUGUCGCUGGUGGUCGAGGAGGUGCGGCAGCUCUUCGAUGAUCCCGACGGGUCUGGUUUUCAGAAGAAGGUCAAGAGAUACAUCAAUGACCUGUGGAACAUUUUGGAUGUGCUCUCCAUUCUGCUCUUCACGUGUGGGUUUAUUUUCAGGCUGAUCACGGCCACAUUCUAUGCAGGGAAGGUCGUCCUGUGCAUCGAUUUUAUCAUCUUCUGCCUCCGCUUGAUGGCCAUCUUCACCAUCAGCAAAACACUGGGCCCCAAGAUCAUAAUUGUCCGGAGGAUGAUGAUGGAUUUGUUCUUCUUCAUGUUCCUGCUGAGCAUAUGGGUAGUGGCCUUUGGAGUGGCCAAGCAGGGCAUCCUGAUCCAAAACGAGGACCGGCUUGAAUGGAUCAUGCGGGGCGUGCUCUACGAACCCUACCUCAUCAUUUUCGGAAACGUCCCCACCGACAUUGACCGAGUACAGUUUAGCAUGGACAGCUGCACCCUCAAUGGCAGCGACCCCCUCAAGCCAAGGUGCCCAGUGCUAGCCACUGACCAGACCCCAGUCUUCCCAGAGUGGCUCACCAUCAUCCUCCUCUGCGUGUACCUGCUGUUUGCCAACAUCUUGCUGCUCAAUCUGCUCAUUGCUAUUUUCAAUUACACCUUCCAGGAAGUACAGGACAACACAGACUGCUUCUGGAAAUUUCAGCGCUAUGAGCUUAUCAAGGAGUACCACAGUCGCCCAGCUUACCCCCCUCCUUUCAUUCUCCUGAGUCACCUGUACCUCCUCGUCACUCGCUUCCUGCUCUGCCGUCCAUCCAAGAACAAGCACAGGCAGUUCAAGCAGCAGCUUUCCCGGUUCGAGGAGGAGGAGAUGCUGUCCUGGGAAGCCCUCAUGCAGGAGAACUUCCUAGCCAAGAGUCGGCAGGAGCAGAGUCAGAGUGUGGAGUAUCGUGUCCAGGACACCUCUGAGAAGGUGGGGAAUCUCGUGGGAAUGCUGGAAGUGAACCACAACCGAGACACUGACUCCAUGACGAAGAGGCUGGCUCGUCUGGAGGAGCAGGUCUCACGGUCGGUCAAGGCGCUUUCUUGGAUAAUGAAUGCACUGAGGUCACAGGGCUACGCAUCUGAAGAGGAAGUGCCUUCACUCACCUCGCAGCGGAGCCACAUGGAGACAGACCCAGAGCCAGCGAACAAGCCCACCGCCGAAGGGGCUCCGUGCCACAUCAAGGCGCGGCAUCUCCACUACCCUGGUAGCCAGGUCACCCGCUUCCCCGUGCCCGAGGAGAAAGUCCCGUGGGAGGUGGAGUUCACGCUGUACAAUCCUCCUGUUUACAGCACCCAGAGGACCACGGACAGCCGAAGGAAGGGAACACCGCCAGCUGGAGACUCUGACGUCGCUAACUUACAAAAGUACAGGAACCCGGGAGGAAGGACUGGGCUGAUGGGGAGAGGCUGUCUGGACCAACUGGGCCCAAACCAGAUCCAUGACCCAGUGAUCACACGCUGGUGGGAUGGAGACAGCCCCACGUUGGAGUUCCUGGCCGUGUGGGAGGAGUCCGAGGGACGCUGGGCGAUACCAGGGGGACUGGUACAUUCAGACGAGAUCCUGCCAGAGAGGCUGGAGAGGAUUCUGGGUAAGAAGCUGUGCGACAAGAUCAAAGUGCGAAUGGCAGAGGACACCCGCCUGCAAACGGUGUACAAGGGAUACGUGGAUGACGACAGGAACACGGACAACGCCUGGGUGGAAACGACUGCCUUCAAUAUACACUUGGGAAGCAGCGCGUUGCUGGACGAGAUGAAUCAAACGGUUCAGCGCAGAUUGGUGACGAAGGAGUCCGUGUGGUGGAGGGAAGUGAGCAGCACCGCGCUCAUGUGCGCCCACCAUAAAGAAGUCCUCCGCCGUGUUGCCGAGCUUCACCAGGGGGCGCCCUGACCGCCUGUCCGUCACACACAGCACUGCCACGUCGCACACUAACGUUCAUUGCUUGCGGCCGUAAGUCAGUGGGUGUGUGGCCGUGUGCCUUUCAGUACGCCCCAGUACUCAACCCCCACCCUUCCCAGAAAACUAAAGAACAGCAUACUCCAUCCAAAAGACCUUGCCUGUCAUCUUCCACCGUGUUACCUCGACUGUGCUGCGAUUGUUCUAGAUGACAUCAUCCCUACAUGGGUAAUGGUGUGAUUUACACUGAAAGGCAGCCAGCCCCCUUUUAGCCCGAAUACAAGGCCCACAGGGAAAAUUGGUUCUGAAGACCCAGUGUUAUGUUUAGAAGCUUUCAUCAUAUAUGCAAUGACGUCUCCAUACCCAGAAAAGCUGAACUAUUAUAGUGCUUUUCUGCCACACCAGGUACUGUACUUUGGUAUGGUACUUUCUGUACUUUACCUUUUCCAUUGGUUUCCAGCCGAGUACCAGCACCAAAAGUUCCAGUACCCAAAGUACCACACCAGCUGGGGUAUGGGGUACUCUUUUGGUACUUUGGUGAGGGGCAUGCAAACGCUUUCUUUGCCGAUUGGUUAUGCAAAUAGCCUGCCACUGAAACACAAUACAAACACCAUCUUGAAAGAAGUCACGAACUUAGAAAACAACGAUAAAUGACGUUGACAAAUGAAGAGACCCAAGUUUUAAAUGCACUCAGGUCAGAAGAAUCAGAAGAAGAUCUAGAUGGCAUGACAAGAAAUAAAGAAGUAUUUGGUAUAAUAUACUAGGGCUACACAAUAUUGGGGAAAAAAAUAAAAUAUCGUAAUAUGACUUUGUUGUAAUAAAUAUUGGGAUAUUUAUAAAGCAAAUAAGGAAUUCAAAAUACAUUUCUCAUAAACACGUCAAGGAGUGAUUUAAACAGCAAGGAUGAAAAUGAUUAUUAUGAUUAUUUUUUUUAAACAUAGGUAAUCUGGAAAAGGAACAUUAAAAAAGGUCAUUAAAAUUGCAAUGCUUGCUAAGUUUUGUUUCCCAUGACUAAAAAACCUGUUUUAGUGAAAACUAAACCCCCCCGUGCUAUAAUGUCCAGACAGUAUGAAGAUAUGAAAAAGCAUGGUCUCAGUCUAGCUGUCGUGGUCCUUGCAAUGUGGGGACUGCAUAUGCAUAACAUGUGAUGUUAGAAUUAAUAUCACACAUCUCCCAGCCCUAUAGUAUUAUAAUAGCCUUUUUUUCAAAUUCAGCACAAAACACCUGCCUCGCGUUGUGAUGUCGUUAGCAAUGGGACCAGUUUUUAUGCCAGUGGAAAACCAACACUUUGAAGUACUAUAUUAGUUUGGUACCUGGUGCAGUGGAACAGCACCUUUAAACAUUGGUGUACACUGGUGCCACUUGUGUGAUAAUCCUGUCAAACAACAUUCUACUAUGUUGGAGGAAGAUAUUCAGAUUAAUUCAGCCCUCGAAUUUUGGGUUCGGUAGGGUUUUAAGGAAUAGAUUUUCAAUGAAUGAAUGAAUGAAUGACAUUAAUACAGCCAUCUUCAAGACACCCAAAGCGCUUUACAGAACCAAUGGGGAGCCGCUUCAACCCCCACCACUGUGUAGCCCCCACCUGGAUGAUGCGACAGCAGCCAUUCUGCAUCAUUUUAAUCAACACCUGCCCAAGAUCACAAAACUAGCUGACUUACUGCCUGGAUCAUGACUCCAAUAAAAUAGUUAAAUCCAAGGCUGAGGAAAACCCUGUCUGCAAGACUCCAAAUAAACACCAACACAGUACUAAAUGCAUCUUUUACAUUAUCUAAGUAUUAUAGCAGACAACUGAAUCCAUACAAAGCAUCUAGCAGUUCAGGUCCAGAAAGUACAAAUCCAGACCAAGAUUUUGCUUCAACCAACCAGUAGAGCAUAAAGUGUCACAGACACAGAGUACUCAACUGGUUUGUUGAAGCAAAAUCUUGGUCUGGAUUUUUACUUUCUGGACCUGAACUUUCCACCUCUGGGCAGAACUCAGUUUAGGUUGUAACCUGGCGCAAGUGCCAAAAGGCAAAGCAUCUGGUGCAAUUAAGACCAGGAACCUGCUGGUUUGCUGCAGUUUCAAGCUGUGUUUAUAACUCAGAAAGAGCACAAUGACUUUCAUUUCCCAGUGUGGGAUUAUACUGUCAGUUUGCGUGAGCUCUUUAUGUGCCAGUGCCACCCGUAACCUGUCCUGCUCACUUUAUGUCACUUCAAAAGCCUGCAGCUUAGUGGUUGGUUAUUUUCCAAAUACAGAAGGUCAAUGGUGACCAACAUUUUGUUUCAACCAACCAGAUGAGUGUAAAGAAUCACAGUCACAGAGUACUCAACUAGUUAAUUGAAACUAAUUGAAAUCUUGGUCUGGGCUUUUUGGACCUGAUAACCAGGGUUAUUGCAGCACCUAUAGCAGCUAAUGGAGGGGCACAUAUGAUCGAUUUUUUAAUGUAUACACCAUUUCACAUAAGGUGCACCCAUUUUUAUACUUUUGCCUUAUAUAUAUGUUACUUUUGAGGAAGUUAUAUAGUGAAUAGACAUAAUCUGUUUGUAUACAAAUACAGUAAUUAACAUCGCCUAUUGUUUUUGUAUCACUGGAAAAAUGUUUGGAUAUUGACCACUUAAAAAUCACAUUCGUGUGAGUUUUUAUAAUCCAUCUGUCUCCCAAGCAUUUAUCCUGGUCAGGAUUAUGGGGGCUGGGGCUUAUGUCAGACAGCACAGGGCACACGGAUGGGGUAUGCCACUGACUGUUCUUGUAAUCUUACUGAUAAUAUAUGCAUACACAGAUAUAUUCAGCUUAUGGUUAUCCUGUUCGGGACAGUGUGCUCUGUGCUCCUUUGUAGUAGACCCCACGUGCUGUGCUAUUUGUCUCACCUGUAUGUCACUUUCGACAAAAGCCUCUGCUAAAUUAAUAACUAUAAAUGCAAACCACAAAUAUCUUCAGCAUUCCUCACGUCAAAACAUCCCCAAGGUACUCUGGUACAUCAUAGUAUGAUCAACCUCGACUGAUUUGAUCAUGACGGAUCCCGGGAUUACAAUGGUGAUGGUACAACUAUAAAUAGUACCAGGGGAAAACGUGGAAAUACGAUGUUUGCUGUUUGUUAUUGUGCUCUAGGUUUCAUGUACAACCUGCUAAUCCUGUUCAAGCAGCUUCAUAGUCCGGAUUCUGGAGGAUUAACACAACCACUGCUCGUGUGCCACAUGUAGGCUUAUUGCGUACGAAGUUCCACAGUAAAGUGUGUCGUGUUUACAUUUACAUUGUUCCUGUGUCUUUGUUGUACAUAAAUGAAAUACAGAUUGUGUGUAUAUUCCAGCAGAAAUAAAAACGAGCUUUCAUCCAGGUU